GAGUCAGUGUGUUUUUUAAUUCAUUUAUCUUUCCUCUCACGAGGGAACGCCACCAACUGUCUCCUCGCUUUUGAGCUGAAACUCAGUUGACAAUAGGUAAUCGAACGUGCUGAUUCCGAAUAUCACAAUGGUUUUUCCCCGCUUUCGAUUUAAAGAUCCGUUUUUUAAGGAUCUUGGUUUUUCAACUGGAAAACCAAUUUCACUAAAACAUUUUCUUGAUCUGUCCAAAUGAAAGAGCACGUCGUCAAACCUACAGAAAACAAUUUUUCAAGGUUCUAAGCGAAGUUUUGAGCGAGUUUUCUGCGUCUAAAACUUAAAACAGAACAGAAAGAAAAACAGUAGUUUUUCUUUUAUAAAUUGUGUAAGAAUAUUAGCGGUUUUUCCCUCUUUUUUUAAGUUUUAAACGCAGAAAACUCGCUCAAAACUUCGCUUAGAACCUUGAAAAAUUGUUUUCUGUAGGCUUGACGACGUGCUCUUUCAUUUGGACAGAUCAAGAAAAUGUUUUAGUGAAAUUGGUUUUCCAGUUGAAAAACCAAGAUCCUUAAAAAACGGGUCUUUAAAUCGAAAGCGGGAGAAAACCAUUGUGAUAUUCGGAAUCAGCACGUUCUAUUACCUAUUGACAACUGAGUUUCAGCUCAAAAGCGAGGAGACAGUUGGUGGCCUUCCCUCGUCAGUUGAAUCACAACAUGAGCCAAUGUCCUUUUCGGCUUGUUCUAGUUUACAGGUGCCUUACUUAUGGGAAAUGCGAUGAAUCACUUUGAAAGAUUCCCUCGUAAAUCAACUCGAAUUUAUUUAUUUUUUUCAAAUAGUUUUUCUGGUCAAACAAUAUCAAGUGAAUCAUUAAUACUUCUAACAAUUCAAUUAAAUAUUCUUCAAUCAAUAAUAAAUUUAACUAUAAAUCCUGAUCGAAUUAUUCGUGCUACAAUGUUAUUAAAUGAUAUUAAACAGACAUUAUCAAUAGUAUAA